AGCGACAACAAUUUAAAACGAAAAGUGAAACGAAACCGUUGUCAAGUUAAAACGAAAAAACCUUUUUUCCAAUUAUUUGUCUGUUUUAGAAGUCCAGCAAAAACUUAGUAUGAAAUUUUUAGUAAUUUUAGUAUUAUUUUGCGCCAUUGUAGCGGUAAAGGCACAACUCAAUCUUGGUUUGGGCUUAGGUAUUGGGCGAGCUGGCCCACCGCCGCCGGAGUUUUUCCAAAAUGUCAUUCUCAGUGCAGAAGCGCAGAAAGUUCUCGCAACUCCCAGUUUACCCGCUGAUUUACAACAGCGUGUACAGGACACACUGAGCAAUUCAGAAUCCGGAUUCAAUAAUUGCAGUACCCUGACCACAUUGCCCUGGUUCCAAAUGCGUUGCGUCGCUUUACAACUAUCGAAGUCCAAAGCUGAAUUGAAGGCCAUAGAUGACGAAGCAAAAGCGAGGGCCCAAGCAGCUGCAACAGCGGAAGCAAGCGCACCAGCUGCCGCAGACGCAAUAAGCAUUUAAAUUUUAUAAAAAUGAGUAAUACAUUAACUGAAUAUAUUUACCUUUAAUACUUUAAUAUAACAUUCCAAUUUGUUACACUUUCCCGACAUUGCGUCUAAUUCACACGAAUUUUAGAAAUAAACUAAACUGUCAAUA